AUGGAUAACAAAGAAUCAGAAGCUGAGAUCCAUCCUCUGAAGACUGAGGACGUAAAAGUUCAAGAGAACCAUGACAGCUCUGUGGAGAGAAGAAUUAUCAGCAAGCAGUCAUCGCGACUGUCUCGGCUGGCUGCCUUCUUCAUUUCGUUAUUUCUGUGUCUGAUAAUUGUGUUUGCUUUCUCAUUCAUCAUUCCUUGCCCAGAGAGGCCAGUUUCAGAAAGAACAUGGUUCCGAAACUACAACAAUGCAGUGGCCUACCAGUUUCUCUCUAUAGAAGAUGUGAAUGAAGACAAAGUGCAAGAUGUCAUCUUUGCUUUCAAAGCUAGCAAUGGCAGCAGCAGCUUCAACAGAUCCUGUUUGGAUGAAGGUCUGCCUUCUCCAUGUGCCUUCGUUGCUGCUUUGUCUGGCACGAACGGCGGAGUGCUCUGGGAGAAACCCGCUGCUGAGGACAUAGAGUGGAUGGAGUGUGGCAUCAAGCAGCUCGGGGGAGCUGAGUCCCCAGGCUGCCUGAUCGUGGGGAAGCCGAUGUCUCUUAUGGCAGUUGACCUGAGGACAGGGGAAGUUCAGUGGAGACAGCCCAGUGACUUUGGAGCUAAUUAUACUGUGCUGACUCCCGUGUCAGUGAUUCCAGAUGUGGAUAGUGAUGGAGUUCAGGACCUGAUAAUCUUUAUUGCUACAGAAGAUAAGAUUAAGACCUUCAUCUAUUCAGGAAAAAAUGGCAAACAGAUCGGCACCACUGGAAGCCUGAAUGUGGAUGGGAGAGCUCGUUAUAUCAGGCUGAACCUGGGCUCCUCCUCCUACUUUCUUUUUUAUACAGAAAACUCUCUCUAUGCAUAUUCCCUGAAAGAUCUCUACAGUGCAGCAACUGGGAUGGAAAUUAAGCUUCCCAGCCUUGAGCAAGAUCCUCAGUGGGAAAAGAACAUUGACCGUACCACGCACCACUUAUCCCUUCUCAGCUCUGGAGGCAUUCGUUACCUGACGAAAAUUCCCGGGCGAUCAUGGGAGAACGUCUUGGUUGUGAACUCGGAGAUGGCUACAAUGAUCAACACACACAAUCUUCAGACUUUGUGGACCCUCAACAUGUCCCGUGCUGUGAGUGAGCCACUGCUUGGUUACUACAAACCCGAUGUUCUUGGUAUUGUCCUUGAGAGCGAAAUCAGACCCAACAGGAAGAAGGUUAUGAUUGUUGAGAGUGAAUCUGGAGCCGUCCAGUGGGACCUGAAGUUGAACUCAAGAACAGAGAGCCCUGGGCCUGCCACACUUUCUACUGCUGAUCACCGAUCCACCUUCCUCAUCUGGGGUGAAUACCAGGUGCCAGGAAACGAAACGAAAUCCAGAACUCCUCUCCAGAAGCUGUACUUUUUCCAUCCUUCCUACACUAAUGUCCUGUUGGAGCUCCGCAAUAGCACAGACCAAAUAGUCGCAUUCAAUGCUGCGCUGUUCGAGCGGAGCCGUCACGCCUGCUACGUGCUGUUGAGGGGGCCUCAAGCCGGCGAGGAGCCCGGGUCGGUGUCUCUGAUGAAGCGUAAGCUGAAGGAGGACAUCUCUGAGAGCAGGUUGAUCUGGCUGAGCCAGGUGGCUGUGGACAGCGAGCGGUAUGUCCGGGACCGCCUCUAUAGGAUGCGAUUCCACAGUCGAGUGUGAGCUUGCCGAGGGAGGGUGAGAGGCUGC